AUGAGCGACAACCGCAUCGCCCGAGGCAACACGCCGUCCGGGGCGCUCGACCAUGUCCUCCAGCCAGAUACGCCUCGCAGCGAGAUGGAGUCGCGGCUAUGGAUCGUCGACCGCAUCCUCGAGCCCCAGACGCUCCCGCACUUUCUCGAGUCCACCAUGUUCGGCACCUUGCCCGACGGCAGCCGGUCCUCGUUCCCGCCCCUGUCGGAAGAGAUUGUAAUGCUAAUACAGCAGCCGCUGGCGGCGUGGGCGCCGCCUCCGUUUGAUGCCAGCCACGAGAUUCCCAUGCAGCAGAUUGCGAUGCGCGUCGGCUCUCACGAGGACGCGGACCGGCUGGUGCCCAUUACGAAGGAGCUUCACGCGAUGAAGUCGAGGGUGUGGGAGGGCAUCAUGCCGCUUUCUGAGAGGCGGUGGGAGGAGCUGGGGCUCAGUUCUCCGGACAGGUUUCACGAGGCCUGCCAGUACCUUUGCGCUGUGACGAAUACGUUUCAUUAUUUAAAUCUGCCGCCGAUUAAGCAUGCGCUGAGGGAGACGUAUAAUCUCAUCUGGGGACAUUUGAAGGACUUUGAGGAUGCGGUGAAUGCGAAGAAUCGGUUGGAAGGCCAGCCGGAGGUGCAGAUUGCGGCUCGAUGGCAUGACUAUAUCAAGGCGCACUACAAGUUCAUCUCGGAGCGGUCUCACCGUUGGGUAACCGACAGCAUCGACCGGCUUCGCGGCCCGAUUCUGGAGGAGCUCGCGAACGUUUCUUCAACGCCCGAGUUCAGCUCGCAGCAAUGGAUGCUGACGGACAAGCUCCACGAUCUGCUGGAGAACGGGGCUCAAGCGGACUCGGGCAUCUUCCUGCCCAUGGACGGAUACGAGGGAUCAGGCCUCGCCGCUCAGGACGAUGCGCCGCCGCGUCCGGAUGCCGCUGAGCCGUACCGCAAGGAGCCCAUCUCCUUCUCGGCAAACACGCACGCUCGAAAGGGCGAUUACUACUUGAGACUAAAGUAUCUGUCGCGCACCGAGGUGUGGCUCGGCCAGGAGCGCGGGGGGAUGGACGUCCCGCCUGGGUUGCCGACUGGCUUCGAGGUGCUGUCGGAUACUGCGCGGACGGCGCAGUGCCAGGUGAGGGCCCAGGAGCAGGCGAGGCGGGAGCUGAGAGGAGAGCCUGUGGCUCUUGAGCAGGAGCUGUGGGUGACGAAGGCGAACGAGUAUCUUGGGACAGAGACGAACUUUGAGUGGGGAUACGUUGCGUAUCGGUUGUCGCAUGAGCAUACGGAUGAGGAGUGGGAGGCUUUUAAGGGCAAGUUUGAGGAGGAUGUGCAGGAUUGGGGGAGGGGGUUGAAGGGGGCGGAGGUGAUUAGGGAACGGUCCAAGGUUUACUGGAGAGAUGCGAGGGAUCUUGGUGUUGCGGACGGAGAUGUCGAUGCCCUCAGAACUCAUUUCCAAGCAAUCAGGGAGUCCGAGGACUUUCCAUCCGGCGUCCACACGGACAUUGUUCUGGCAGCCGACAAGGGCGUCAUCGACUCCUAUCUCCAGCCCACUCCGCAGCAAAAGGGCUUUGUGAUGGCCAUUGACGCAUACUACGACCCGAACGAGGUUGACGGGGACCGGGCGGCUGAGUCGCCGGGGUACACGGGCGUCGUGCGGGUGCUGGGGAGCCUGCUGUGGGAUGACCUGGGGCCGCUGGUGUUUAUGCAGACGCAGCAUUUGUUUGAGCUGUGGCCGCUUGCGAUGAGGCAUCCUUUGGGGGUGUAUGAGGGGCCUUUGGGGAGGAUAUAG